AUGUCUGUUGAUCAUUCGUGGCGAGGAAUCCCAUUAACGCAGAUAUACGGUUCAGAUUCGCCAUGGGGAUCACCAGAAUUUCCGUUGGUUCAACCAGCAUUUAACCAUGCUGUCUUGCAUCAUAUACUUCGUAAUGGAGACAUGGAAAGACCACCAAAACCUCACAUUGGCACUGAUAAAUGGGAUCAGGAUCAUGUUAGAAUGCCAUGCUCGCGACAAAGCUUAUAUCCAAUAACUGAUGACUCAGGUUGUAAAAUAUUAAAAGAAAGAUGGGCAAUUAUUGAGGAAACUUUAUCUAAACCUAUAAAAAAUGUUAGAGAUUUAGCAGCAGCAAUUAUAACAUAUAAUACAAAAUUUAAAGAUAUUUGGACAUUUUCUUCUUUGCACUAUUUAUUUGAUGAAUACUUAGAAGAGGAAGAAACAAAAUACUUCUUUAAUGUGACUUUACCACAGAUGGCUAAAUUGGCACUGGGUCUUCCAAAAUUGAUUCAGACAGCUAUACCUUUACUCAAACAAAGAGAAAAUCAUUCUAUAUCUCUUAGUCAGCAACAAGUGUCAAGUUUACUGGCUAAUGCAUUUUUCUGCACAUUUCCUAGAAGAAAUUCGAGAAGAACAUCUGCUGAAUAUGCCAACUAUCCAUUCAUCAAUUAUUCAAACCUAUUUAACCUCACACCAAAGGAACAUGUCUUGGAAAAGCUCAAAAGUAUUUGUCACUACUUCAGGAGAGUUUGUAGUAAAGUACCGACGGGUGUUAUUACAUUCAGCCGCCGCUCAGUUCCUCCUAAUCAUUGUCCUGAUUGGGAGAAUUCAUCCGUAAGUCUGGCAACACUGCCUGUGCAUGUUGAUUCAGAAGUUAUUAUUGAGGAUCUACCGGGACUGAUACAAGUUGAUUUUGCUAACAAGUUUCUUGGCGGUGGAGUUUUGAGAGGAGGUUGUGUUCAGGAAGAAAUCAGAUUCGUGAUAUGUCCAGAGCUGAUGCUGUCCAUGCUUUUCACCGAAGUCUUAGCUGCUAACGAGACUUUGAUAAUUAUUGGUAGCGAAAGGUAUAGUGAGUACACUGGGUACGGAUCAACCUUCCACUGGUCAGGAGACCACAUAGACUCCACACCUUUUGAUUCCUCUGGUCGAAGACGCUGUGCUGUUCUCGCGAUGGAUGCCAUCCCAUAUAGAGACAGGGCCAAUCAGUGGAAGAAGGCUUCGAUGAUACGGGAUUUGAAUAAGGCCUGGGUGGGUUUCUCAAGCUACACUAUCGCAGAACCGGGUCUACAAUACCCCGGGAUAGCAACUGGUAAUUGGGGAUGUGGGGCAUUCGGUGGGACGGCAACGCUCAAGUCCUUAGUACAAAUGAUGAGUUGUGCGCAGGCGCAACGUCCAAUGGCUUAUUGCACUUUCCACGACACGGAGUUGAGAGAUUACAUUGAACGGGCUUGGGCGAUGUUUACUAAGCAUCAUGUUACUGUUGGUCAGCUUUUCAGAAUGCUUCUAAAGUACUGUGAUACAUGUAAUGUUAAGGAAACCACGUUGCUUUCUUUCUUCGAACAGGAAUUUGGAGAACAGCCCGUGGCCAAAGACAAUAUCUCUAUUGACGACUCUCAGUCGAGCAAAUUCGAAGAAGUUUUAUUACAAACAUCGCCAGAUUUAUUUUCUGACGACAAAGAGGACAGCGUUGAGGCAGACUCCUUAACAAUCAGUCAGAGUAUGCGUCUAUUUUCCGAAAUGGAAAAAAUCGAUGCAAAUAGUGGUACUUUAAACUUAACCGGACCGCGGGGUGAAGAAAUGGAUGUCGCAGUGUCGCCAGACAUCAAAAAGAGAGUGUCGAAAAAAAUCACAGACUACUUUGCAAAGAAGAGUUGA